UUUAUAAGAGCGGGCUAGCUUCUUUGUUACCAUUGACUGCAUGCUCGCGGUCGACGUGGGUGUCUGCGUUGUGCUGCCGCCGUCAAGAAAACGCCGGGAACGUGGCUUCGCAUGCUGUGACACUGACCGGGCAAGGUUAGCCUCGAAGAACAUUCCACGUCUGCUGGUGGCUAUAACUUCCGACAGAUCCCGCAGCAAUGGUUCCUCAACUGCGAGUCUUCCUUCUUUGCGCCCUGCUACUGAGAGCUGCUGGAGCCUUGGCCGAUUCAGAUCCAGUGGAGCAAGCAGCGCAGAACCCUCAGCAGCACAAGGGCGAUAGGUCCGGGACGUACUACUUACACGACCUGGAGAAGACAAAGCUGGGCCUAACGGCCUUGGGAGGUUCGGGACUCGCGUUGAUCAUCCCGUUCCUCCUGGCGCUCGGAGUCUUCGCCAUCGUUCUUCCCGUCAUCGGACUGCUCUUCAUGGGUGGCCUCGGGCUCGGCGGUUUUCCUGGAAUCGGUAUUCCCGGCGGCCUCUAUCCUGCCGCCGGACGCAAGAGGACUGGAGACUCCCUCUUGAGCCAGGAGAACGUCAUCAAGAUGGUCAGCUUCGUCGACAAGGCGCUACAGGACUUUGGCAAGCAGAUGAACUCCAAGAAGACCUAGAUGACAUCAUGAAACUGCGAAGGCGACCGUAUUGAUCGAGUUCGUUGUGCAGUGAAACGCUGACCAGUGUAUGGCAGUCAAGUAAGGGUUAAAACUUUACCGAACGACAUCGCAUCAAUAUAGGUCGUGUUCUGA